AUGGCACCGAAAUGGAGAAUUGCCAUGGGCUGCGAUGACGCCGGCGUCAACUACAAAAACACCAUCAAAAAAGACUUUGAGAGCGACCUCCGGGUAGACGAAGUCAUCGACGUAGGAUCCGACGAACCCUCAGACAAGACGCCCUACCCCCUCCGCGCCGCCGCUGCCGCCCGCCUCGUCGCGGAGGGCAAAGCGGACCGCGCUCUGCUCAUCUGCGGCACGGGUCUGGGCGUUGCCAUUUCUGCCAACAAGGUCAAGGGCAUACGGGCGGUGACGGCUCACGAUAGCUUCAGCGUCGAGCGCAGCGUCAAGAGCAAUAAUGCGCAGGUGCUGUGUAUGGGGGAGAGGGUUGUUGGGUUGGAGGUUGCGAGGAGGUUGGCUACGGAGUGGUUGGGGUAUGAGUUUGAUCCGUCGAGUGCGAGUGCGAAGAAGGUUGAGGAGAUUGGGCAGCUGGAGGCAUCAUGA